UGCCAACUUAAUUGCAGUGAAUACACUACAGUGAAGUUCUUUAGGUUGCAGUUUGUCAUAAAUAUUUUUGAGUUAGAGUGCUAAGAUAAUCUUCAAUUUCUCUAGUCCUUGUGGUUGGCUUGGUCACAUUUCCUUAUAGUGUGCAUCUUGGAUCUGUGAUAUUAUAACCAUUUUAUCUAUGGCUGUCUCAUCUUUUGCUAUGCAAUCUAUCUUGGCAAACCCUAUGAUCCACAUUCCAAGCAGGACUAGGGUGAACCGAUUUGGCAUUCCUGCUACGUAUAUGCCGAGCCUGAGAAGGAGUGCAACGUUGAAAGUUCGGUCCAUGGCUGAGGAAGAGCAGAAUGAGCAACCAAGUAAACCUGCAACCCCGGUUACACCCCCACCAGCAUCAGCACCAGCACCAAACCCCAAGCCACAGUCAGCUUCAUCUCGCUCACCAAAGGUGAGCACAAAAUUUUCGGACGUAUUGGCAUUCAGUGGGCCAGCACCUGAGAGGAUCAAUGGAAGGCUGGCUAUGAUUGGGUUUGUAGCUGCAAUAGCAGUUGAAAUAGCUAAUGGGCAGGGUGUCUUUGAACAGAUAACAAAUGGUGGCAUUCCAUGGUUCCUAGGAACAAGUGUGAUUCUUUCCCUUGCUUCUUUGAUUCCACUAUUUCAAGGGGUUAGUGUGGAGUCUAAAUCCCAAGGGUUCAUGUCCUCAGAUGCGGAGCUGUGGAAUGGGAGGUUUGCUAUGCUGGGUUUAGUUGCCCUUGCUUUUACCGAGUAUGUCAAGGGUAGUACCCUGGUGUAAAUUAGUCAGCAGUACCCUGGUAUGAUUUAGUCACUAAGACACCAAAAUGGCCUUAAGAAUUUGUGGUUAGGAGCCAAUCUAUUUGGUUUUGCUAUGUUUUGUUGAUUUAAUCUACAUACAGAAUUUUACAUUGAUCAUGAGCAUAUUUCAUGGGAUUGACUUGUGAUUAUCCCAAUAACUAAAGCGGUUUAACAAAGUGCAAGACAAGUACAACAAAUCGUCAGAAAUGAAGUAAAAAAAUUUAUCCCUUUUGACCUUUAAACAAGGUGCUGGUUCUUGUUUUAUUUUCUUGUCUCUUGUCAUUUGCGGUUUGCGCUGGAAAAAAAGAAAAGUAUAAUACGUAGCUAAUAGUAUAAUAGAAAAAAGGGGAACGCGCGAAACUUCAUCUUAUAUGUGACAGUUCAUACAUUUAUUUUUUUCAAUAACACUGUCACUCCCUCAUCAUUUCAACC